CUAAGUAGUACAACAAUGACAACAACAAUAAGUAAACAUGAUUUACAAUUACAACAACAACAGCAGCAACAGCAACAACAGCAACAACAACAGUUACAAUUACAACAGCAGCAACAGCAGUAUCAGCAACAGCGUUUUUCUCAAAAUAUUUCGUAUAGUUUGGAUAAUAAUAAAACAACAGCAACAACAACGGCAAUGUCAAAUCGUCUGGAUAGCCUGACGAUAACAGGAACGACCACAACAACAACAAACACCAUACAAAUUGACACACUGAACAACAACAAUUUGGAACAUGAUCUAAUCAACGGAAAUUCUGGAGGUUUCCGUCAGAUGAACAACAACAACAACGGCGAUGUUGAAGCACCGCCACUACCACAACCCGAGCCAGCCAAAAUACCCAAAAAACGAUCCCUGUUGAAUUUUCGUUCCCUCGACUUUCACAUUAAAUCCUUGUACAGUGGUUUACGCAACGGUAGCUCUGGCCAGAACAAGACCAAUUCCCAGUCCACAAAUCUGUUGGCGCCCACCAAGGGUAGUGGCAGUGGAGGCGGUGGCAGCAGUGGUGGUGAUAAUGCUGAGGACGUUAGUGGCAGCGGUGUUGGCCUGGCUGGCGGUGGCUACAAUGCCAACGGCAGCGAGCUGAACCUAAGCGACCAGUAUUACCACCAUCAUCAUCAUCACAUCCAUCAGCCCUACAAUCGCAUGCCGCCCUAUUUGAAGAUCGAAUCGGUGGACAAUGAGGAAUCGGAAAAUCUCCUCAUCGAUUAUCCCCAAUCCCCAUACUCGACACGUCGCAACAGUUCGAACGAUGACAACCGGUCCAGCAGCCAGCUGAUACACCUCACCGGCGGCAGCGGCGGUGGUUCGAACCAGUAUUUGCAACAGCCAUCAUCCGCCUCACAUCAUCGCUACGAAAUGUCGCGUUCACAGGCAAGUUCUCCGUCACCGUACUUUCUGUCGCCUCAUGCAUUUGCCUCGUCGUCGCAAAAUGUCAGACGUUCUUCGACAUCGGACAUUAUGUCCGGCAGUAAACGCAGUGUUUGCUCCUCGGCAAGCACCAGUCGUCGUCCGAGUACCUCGGAUUUGCUGCGUAAAGCGCGUGAGCGUCGUGGUAGUGAGACUCGUAUGGGACGCAGUGUUUCGCAUGGCGGUCUUCCACGUGGUGGCGGUGGUGGUGGAGGGGCAUUUCGUGCCGGACCCGGUGUGGGUGGCCGACGAACGAGUAUGGCCUUCUAAAGCAAAGAGGAGUUUUUUCUACCUCCCUACCUGCUCUCCUCCACCCUCCCCCUCCCCACUGGUCCUUAUUUCUUCCUAGAACAGUGGCGACCCGAAAGUCAGCCAUUUGUUCAGAUCAAAAUAAAACACUUCUAUGGUCUUUCCCAAACUAUAUAACUAGUUAAUAUUCACAGAGAAAACCUAAAAAUAAACUUAUAUUCAGAGAAAAAAAACACAAUCUGUAGUGAUUAAAAUUUAAUAAAAUUAAAAAAAAAAUUAUAAAAAUCCCAAAAAAAAGGUAAGAAAAACUUACAACAAAAAAGUGCUUAUGAUUCGUUUUUUUAUUAUUGAAAAAAGAAAAAAUGAAAUAAAAAAUCGAAAAUAAGAAAAAAGGAUUCUUUAAAAAUUUAGACAACCAAAAAAAUAAAACAAAUAACUUCAAAAAAUAUAUAAAACUUAUAUAAACAAAAAAAAACAAAUACUGGAAUUAUAUUCUCUUUAAGCUUUAAAAGUAACUAAAUUACAAACUUGAAAAAUAAAAUUAAUUUAAAAAAAUAACAACAAAAAGCCCCAAUAAAAAAUUAUUUAUCUAAUAAAAAGGAAAAUCAAGAAGAAAAAACAUACAACUUUUUUGUAGCUAAGUAAGUUAAAGCAAAAAAAAUAAUUAUUAUAACAAGAACAACAAAUACUGCAAUUGUAUAACUUCAAAUAUAACAACUAGGCAAAUUAACAUAAAAAAAUCCUAAUAAAAAAUUAAAAAAAAAAUAAUAAAAAUUAAAACAUUUAUUUUUUCUUUUUAUUUUACAUAAAUCUAAAAUUUAUUAAUAUUAUAUUUAUUUCGAAGUGAAUCUAUAAAUAAAAUUCUUGGAAAAAAUAUAGGAUGAUGAAAUUUAACGUAACAUUCCCAUUCCAUUUUCCGCAAUGUUCUAACAUACGUCAUCUUUCCCUACUUCCCAUCUGCAGCAAAGUCAAAUGCCAUAAUUUUUAAAUUUUUUUUAAAUUUUAUUGAAUGAAAGUAAAAAAUGUCGGAAAUAGCAUCAAAUUUUAGAAUAAGUUAAGAUCUGUUCGAAUUGGUCACCUUUGGCACGAAUUAUGGCCUUCAAACGGCAAAUGAAACCGUCACACGCUGCCCGAAUGUUGCUCUGCGGUAUUUUGGUCCAUUCCCGGCGAAGCACUUGCUUGAGGUGAUCGACACUUUGGUAUUUUUUAGUGCCAAGCUUGCUUUCCAAAAUACUCCAGACACAAUAGUCCAACGGAUUGGUAUCCGGAGAUUUUGGUAGCCAUUGUGCGCUGGAAAUGAAGCGAGGAACCUCAACCAAAAUGUUUGCGUUCCCAAGGCUUUAAUACAUCCUUCAGAAUAUUUUCGCGAUAAUAUUCGGCAUUUAUUCUUAUGCCAGGGUCGAUUAAUACGAGCGGAGAUCUACCAUCGGCUCUUUUGGCGGCCCACACCAUCACCAUGGCCGGCGCUUGAGUUCUAGUGGCCAACCCAAGGUGCACAUUUUCAGCUGACCUCUUUGGCAAGUAAACACGAUCAUUUUGUUUGUUUACAAACUGCUGGACAAUUAAUGUUUUUUCAUCGGAGCGGAGAAAACCAAAUUCGGCAGUUCACCACUUUCCGCCAAGCGAAGCAACUCUUUAGAUCUUUUUCUUUCUGUUGCAGUGCAAGUUCUUGCACUUUUUGGAAUUUCAAUGGCUUUACCCCGAGCUCAUUUUUCAAUAUUUGCCGAAUGGAAUAUUGCGAUAUGUUCAGCUCAGGAGCCAUUUUUCGGCCACUGUGACGUGGGUUUCGAUCAAGUCUCUUCUUUACUUUUCGAACCAUUUCUGCUGAUGUUGUUGUUUUCUUCCGUCCACUUCCUUGACGUCGGGUUACGCUACCAGUAUCACGGUAACGAACAAUGGUACGAGACACAAAAGAUUUAUUCACAUUUAAAUGCUGGAGUGCUCUAACGAUAGGCACUUGUGGUUUUCCAGACAAAUAUAUUGAAUUCCAUCACGAAUAAUAUUUUUCUGGAAAAUUCUCACCAAAAUGCUUUUGUACGCUUAUAAACAAUAUAAUAACCUGUCACUAGAAUAAUUUUAACAGCUGUCGGACGAGUGACUUAGAAAUGACAGCAUUCUGAAGUUGGUUGCAGUUUUUUUUCAUCUCACCCUGUAUAAGAAUCGCAGUAUGAAUUAAGGUAAGAUGUGCCACAAAUACAGGUCAUAGGACCUCAGCAGCCAAUUCAAUGUUUAUUUCUCUACCCAAAAUUGCCAACAUUCACCGUUCUUGACAAAAAUUGUGGCAAUUUUUUAUACAGAUUUUCAAAUCGUUUUAAUAUAAACAUUUAUUUAAUUUUGCUUGACGCUAACUUUAUGACGCAGUUCCAUUAAUGUUGAUCUUUUUCCAAAAAUCAUCAAAGUUAUCACUUUUGAUUCGCAACCAAUAAAAAGCUACGGAAAUUGCUGAAUAUAAAUCUUUAAUUAUUUAUUUUUUUGACUCGUUCUUAUUUAUCUUAAGGAAAGCAAACAAUUCAUCAAAAAAUAGCAAAUUAAAAUAAUUUCAAUUACUAACAAAAAUAAUUAAUUCCAAUAAAAACAAAGUGCUAUGCUUAGAAAAGAUAAAAAAUAAUAAUACAAAAAUCUUUCGGAAUUAGAAAUUAAACAAAUAAAUAAAAUAAAAAAUGCCUUGUUUUGGAGAUAAACAUAUAAAAAAUUUCUAAUGUAAAAUACCAAAAAAAUCAGAAAGAUCGUAGCUUAAUUUUUGACAUAAAAAUGUAAUAACAAAAAUACAUUCUACGUUCAAUCAUUACAACAAAUAUCGUAGUUAUAUCAUAAAUAAUUAAUUAAUUAAUUUAAUUAACAAGCGUAACACCAUCUCAAGCAAAACCACAAAGAAAAUCAUAAAAAUUAAAAACAAAAAAUAAUAAUAAUAAAAAUUCUCACAUACGGACUGUGAUUUCAUGUAAAUUAUUAUAAUAAAAUUAACAAUAUAUAAUAACGAGGACUACAACAACAACAAGCAAAUGAAUUAUGCAAAUUAUCCCAUUUGUACUUUAACAACAUUUGAGCCACAACCAGACACCCAUACACACACAUAGAAAUUAAUAAACUAACACACAUGUUGUAAAAUAUUUGCCAAUAAUAUUGCAAUUAAAAAUUUCAAAAAUAUAUUUAAAUCAAAUGUACGUUCAUUGAACAAUUAAUUUUUUAGUAAAACAAAAAAAAACCAUUUUAAAAUGUAAUAACACAAAUACCAAUACUUUUUGACUAAUGCCACUACACCUAACUACUGCAUUUCUAUUUCUUUGUAAAUUAAUAUUUCUCCAUUGAUGUGUUCGUUUCGAAACAUUGUGUGUAGCUACUAUCUUGUCUUCCCUCUGGCAAUUUACUUUUAAAACAAUUUCUCCAUUUUUAAAAUUAGAAUUCUUUGAGUCCAAUAUUUUUUUUUUUUAAAUCUUCCAGAAAUUAUUUUCCAACUAGCAAUGUCAUAUAUUCUUCAAAAAUGUUUUAGAUCAAGAAAAUGAUUUAUUGUUAUCAGAUCGAUAAAGAAAAACAGUACUUUGGCUUAGAGUUACCUUCAGAAGGAAGACCAAUUUUUUGUAAAAUUGUCUACGUAUGACAUACGAUAACAUUAUCUUUUUUGAAAUAGUUAAGAAAAUAACAUAGGUGUGCUGAAAGACCAACUCAUAGAAUUUGACAAAACAUUGUUCGGAUCGAAAACCCUAUUUGUAAAUUAUAUUAGGGAAAUAGGCCACGCAAUAUAAACAUAUCUACUUGUUGUCGGGUGCCCCCAAAUGGCAAAGGCAUAAUGUUCCUGAGGAAGGCAGAUAGUUCCAUCAUUAACAAUUCAUGACAUCAAAGAUAUGGAACUUAGUUAAAGCUGAGCUUCAAUGAGCUUCUCCGAAGUCAAAAAUAGCUAUAGAUGCCUCCAAGUUCUAAAUUCAAUUCAAAAUCAAUUUCGAUCCAUAAAAGGCUGUUUGAAAAGCAAUUAACGUCUUCUAACAGAGGCUUUCAUUAUUUCUACAGGGAACAGACCCUGUUGAUAAUAGGAACAUAUUGUUUCGAUCUAGUCCUUAAAGUGUUCAGUUGGCAACAUCCUUCCUUAACUAGACCCAUCGUAUUUUCAGAAAGGCAUAGUACUGUGAGCAUAGCGUAAUGCAGGGUUUUCGAUAUAAAUCUCAGUGAUAUAACCAAAAAUCCGUCCCGAAUAGUGCCAAGUAAUAUAAUCCUAUCGUAGGGAGUAAGGUCAAUCUUACCUCUCGAUGGGUAGUAUCAGCUCAUGCAUAAUUGAACCACAUUUAUGGUAUUUAAAUUUUAAUACGAUGCAGAAAUAAGGAAUUAUAUUGGACAUUUACCAAAAAAUUAUGAAGCAUUCAAUAUGUCGAACAGACCGAGGAUGGAUUGCUGUAAACUAAAUUGUGUUUCUAAGCGGCUAGCCCUGACAUCCAUUAUUUGGUAAUGCCAAGGUCCUAACGAUUUAUCACCGUUUAAGUAUUUCUAAUCUGGUGCUGGUGGAAAUCACUCUAGCUUCCAAACGAAAUGAAGUAGGUUCAUAAAAUUUUACUCAAAUGUAGGACUGCUGGUAUUGAAAAAUGGGCCAUAUAUGGGCCACGUUUUGGUAUAGCCCCCAUAGAACCUCACUAAUUUAGGUAUUUUGGUGAUUUACGCGACAUUAUUCAUCGGAAAAGAAUUCAAAUUUGCUAUUUGAACUUUUUAAUGGAUACUACGCCCUAUGACAGAAAAUUGUCCGUGCAGGACCACGCCUUCGUACAGCCCCUAUAUAACGGCACCUACCGAUAUUAGGUAUUUUGAUGUUUUUAGCGACAUUAUCCACAGAUCCACAUCGUAGUAUAGACCCUAAUAUAACGGCUGCAUUCGGUAUUUUUAAGAUAUUAACAGAAUUUUUAACGGAUUUUAUUUCUUUGAAAAUUGUCAAUUUAAUUCCAAAUGGUGGAGGGAAUUCAAAGCUCAGACCAGCUGAACUUAUAUAUUUUUUAUUUGUUAAAGCUAAGGAUAUUAGCCAUUUAUCUUUCAGUCUUGCAUAUUUCAACAUUAUGCUGUGUGUAUACGCCUUUCCACCUUCAUUCCUCAGCAUUCGAGGGGCCCCUUUUUAAUCUUAUUUCUCGAUUUCUCGGUUUUUGCAAUUGAAGAUUUCAAAAAACAGAGUUUCAGUCACUGCAUUUGGUAGAUUUUAACCAUUGACUAGAUACUUUGGUGAUAAAAGAUUUCCGUAUAUAAGUGUUAGUCAUGUAUCUUCCAUUCCCAGUGAACGCAAUUUAAAAUAUUUAGUGUCACUCAUAUGAACAUUAUAAUUCCUUUGCGUCGCCUCAGCUUCCUCUCGCAAGGGUUAUUUCCACAAGCAUCGAUUGUUCUCCUGCAAAACAAUGGUUAUAUGAAUUAUGGAGAUUGAAAUAUUAUGUUAUUUCCAUUUAUACUUACCACAUUGCAUAUCAAUCGCCAUCGGAUUGUACUCAUAUUCCCAAUACGGACUUCGAAGAGUUCAGCUUCUCUACCAGUCAAUAUCGUUUUUGAGCGACACAUUUAGGUAUUCUGUAUAGUUAUAACAUUCCAAUUUCUUUGGGUUUAGAGCCUUUUUCUGUUACCUUCUAUGUGAUUCAAUGUUCUUUUAAUUCUUUCAACAUUUUUGCCGAUACACAACUUCAGAGGACUCAAUCAUUUCUCUUUUUCCAAAAUUUCAAAUAUUUAUUUUCCCGUGUAUAAUACACUUAAAUAUCUAUACUAUUGACCUUUUAUAUAAACUAAAAAAAUAAUAUAUUUCUCUAAUGUCGAAGUAGAAUGUACAAUUAAAUUAAUUGCACUCACAGAGUUGGUAAAAGUAUAGAAUAGAUAAUCUAAGUUCCACACACGAAUAAAAAUUUAGCAAACUGAACUUAAAACUUUUUUAUAUUCUACAAUAAUAUAUAAAAUGAAAACACCAAAAAUAAAUAGAAUGUAUUAAGCAACUCUCAAUCAGCUGAAAAACUUAGAUGUGGUUUUCACUAGCAUUUAUUCGUGGUUUUUUGUUUGAGUUACUCCAUUCGGUUAUUUUUCGUCCGAUCUAAUGUCUUCUUCCGUAAAGAAGAAAGUUUCAAAAAUAAAACGAACUUAUAAAAUAAAAAAAUGUGUUGAAGGUUAGCAUUAAAAGAGGUCUAAAAAUUUAUCUGGUAGCAAAUACAGGGUGAGAUAAAAAAAUCUUUUUUUUUAAAUUUUAUUGAAUGAAAGCAAAAAAUGGAAAUAGCAUCAAAAUUUAGAAUAACUUUAGAUUUGUUCAAACUGGCCACCUUUGGCACGAAUUAUGGCCUUCAAACGGCCAAUGAAACCGUCACACGCUACCCGAAUGUUGCUCUGCGGUAUUUUGGCCCAUUCCCGGUGAAGUGCUUGCUUGAGGUGAUCGUCACUCUGGUAUUUUUUAGUGUCAAACUUGCUUUCCAAAAUACUCCACACACAAUAGUCCAACGGAUUGGUAUCCGAAGAUUUUGGUGGCCAUUGCGCACUGAAAAGGAAAAGACCCAGUCAGCAUUUUUUGAAAUUUUUAAUCACAAUCGAGUCUUUUUUGAUCCGGUCGCGCGAUUAAAAAUGUGGAAUAUGCGCGCAUUUUCUGAUCAUAAAAGACACAUUUGUCGGGAGAAAAACGUGACCUCCCGCGAAUCUUCUUAAUAAAUCACAUAUGAGUCUUCCUCUAGAUUAGUUAAGAGUCUUUUUCGACCAUUUUCUGAUCGUUCUAAGAGUCGUUUUCGAAUCGUUUUUUAAUCAUUUAUUGUGCUAAAACUUUUAAUUUGUGAAUCUUUUUCGAGUCUUUUUUAACUCAUUUUUUGAUCAUUUAUGAGUCCUUAGUGAGUCAUUUAUUAGUCUUUUAAGUGUCAUAUGUCACUCAUAUUUAUAUUCAUUUACGAGUCUUUUUUAAGUCGCCUUUGUCUUCAAUUCGAGUCAUUUAUGAGUCCUAUAUGAGUGUUUACGAUCCUACGAAUCUCGUACGUGAUUUCUAAAUAUUGGGAUGUACCGUAAAAAAAAGAAUUUGUUUAUAUUUGUUUAUAAAAUAGUUUAUUUAAAAUAAAAAUAAUUCAACUUUUAUAAUUAUAAUUUGUACUAGUUCAUUUUCAGGUGUAUUUUAGUAAAUGCUAGUGGUAAAAAAUAUAGUAAAAAAUUAAAUAAAAAAAGAAAAACCAAAAAAAAAAAAUAAAAAAAUCAGGAACUUCAAUCUGAUCGUUUUCUUUUUGUAACCCGGUCUCGAGCGUGAACAAAAUGUUUCUGAAGGAUCGUGUUCAUAUCCUUGUCGUUACUUGUGUAUUUUAGAUGACAAAUAUCUGAAAUUAAAUAUGUACAAGUCUGUCCAUUUUACUAAUUCUUUAUAUACGUGUUAAAAACACAAACUUACUUUCGAUUACUGUCACUAAAUAACACUUUUCUGCACUUGGCUUUACACUGGUGCACUUCCAGCUGUAUUGGCAGGCUAAAUUGUCAGAAAAAAUCUUUCGAACGGCAGCCCGAAGGAAUUGGGGGGUCCUUCACCGCCGGUUUUUGCAAUAAAUUCUUUCUGGAAAUAGAUUAUCAAAAAUUAUAUAAGUAUUAAUAUAUUGCAAAGUAGUGAAUUAAUCAAUCAAAGACCCAAUUUUGUAUACUUACAAAUUGUUUAAGUAUCGUUUCAUUUUGCUGCACCAAUUCAUUUUUUGCCAUCCUUUUUAUUUUAGCCUUUUCUAUUUUUUUUAAAUUGGCUUGCUGACAUUUUUUUUUUAUAAAAACAAUAAAUAAAUAAACAAACAAAUAGAUAAGCGUACACUUUUUAAUAUUUUUUUUAUCACUUUUUAAUAUUUAACACUUUUGCUGUUGACGCUUCCACGCACUUUUUAUAAAUGACCAAAAAGUCAACUUUUUUAUAGCCACUCCAGAAACGCAACAAAAUGACCCGUUAUGCAUAGAAAAACAAGCAGCAUUUAAGCACUUGUCUGUGCGAAAUAUGAUAAAAAAUACAUCAAUACGAUCACUUUUCAAACAGCUGCAUGAUCUUUUUAAGACUAAUCAUUUUUCAAUCUGUACAUGAUUGCAAUAUGAUAAUAAAUAACGGAAAAACAGUCACAUUUUGCACAUCCCAAUGAUUGAUUUUUGAUUACCAUACAUUUUUUUUAUAAAAUUAAAUGAACUCUUUUUACUCAUUAAGGGGGGUCACAUUCGAGUCGUUUUGCGAUCGUACAGGUGAGUUAAUCAUUUUUUGAUCACCAAAAGGACUCGAAGAAGAUUCUGCGAAGUGAUUUUUUUAAAAACAAUUUUCAUGUACAAGCUGGGUAUAAUCACUUUUCAAACAACUGCAUGAUCUUUUUAAGACUAAUCAUUUUUCAAUCUGUACAUGAUCGCAAUAUGAUAAUAAAUAACGGAAAAAAAUGGUCACAUUUUGCACAUCUCAAUGAUUGAUUUGCGAUUCCCCUACAUUUUGUUGUUGUAUUUUGGUUGACCUCUUUUUACUCAUUAAAGAGAGUCAUUUUCGAGUCGCUUUUCGAUCGUAUACGUGAGUUAAUCAUUUUUUGAUCACCAAAAGGACUCGAAAUAGACUCACCGAAGUGGUUUUUUCAAAAACAAUCUUCCAAAUGCUAGCUGGGGAGGAACCUGAAAAGGAAGAGAGGAACAAUGUCUAAGGUCUGCGGCCAUAUGUUUGCGUGCCCAAGGCUUUCAUACACCCUCCAGAACAUUUACGCGAUAAUAUUCGGCAUUUAUUCUGAUGCCACGGUGGAUUAAUACGAGCGGAGAGCGACCAUCGGCUGUUAUGGCGGCCCACACCAUCACCAUGGCCGGCCGAACACGAACAUGUAUUACAACAUCUGCCCAGCUUGUGGCACAGACCCACAUGACACGCUGCACCUAUUUCGCUGCCCAGCCAAGCCUACUCACCUAACUCCAGUCUCGUUAUGGACACAACGCAUCCAGGUUGCAUCCUUUUUGAAACUGGACUUAGAGGCAGAACCUGAUUGAAUGGAGUCAGAAAAAUGGAAACCGAACGAACACAGAUGUAUGAGCUGCUACAACAACAACAAGCUUGGCCGGCGCUUGAGUUCUGGUGGUCAACAGAAGGUGCACAUUUUCAGCUGACCUCUUUGGAAAGUAAACACGAUCAUUUUGUUUGUUUACAAACUGCUGGACAAGGAAUGUUUUCUCAUCGGAGAAAACCAAAUUCGGCAGUUUACCACUUUCGGCAUGCGAAGCAACUCUUUAGCUCUUUUGAGUCUAUUUUCUUUCUGUUGCGGUGUAAGUUCUUGCACUUUUUUGGAAUUUUAACGGCUUUACCCCGAGCUCAUUUUUCAAUAUUUGCCGAAUGGAAUAUUGCGAGCCAUUUUUCGGUCGCUGUGACGAGGGCUUCGAUAAAGUCCCUUUUUUACUUUUCGAACCAUUUCUGCUGAUGUUGCUAUUUUCUUCAGCCCACUUCCUCACGAUAACGAGCGAUGGUACGAAACAUAAACGAUUUUUUCACAUUUUAAUGCUGGAGUGCUCUAACGAUAGCCAUUUGUGGUUUUCCAGCCAAAUAUAAAGAAAUCAGGCUUGAAUUCCUUCACGAUUAACUUUUUUCUGGAAAAUUCUCUCGAAAAUGCCUUUGUACGCCUGUAAACAAUAUAAUGAGCUGUCACUGGAAUAAUUUAAACAGCUAUCGGACGAGAGGCUUAGAAAUGACAGCAGUCUGAAGUUGGUUCCCUUUUUUUCAUCUCACCCUGCAUAAAUCUUAUCCGACCAAUUUUAAUUUGUAUAUACUUUGUGAAGACCACAGAAAUUUCCUUGUAAAUAUUCCUCAUAUAGUAUCCAACUGUAUAUGAUUAUAUUAAAUAUUUCAUUUUUGUUUUUCAACUUCUAAUGGGUUUUCUACCACAAGACCAAAAAAUACCUUCGGUAUUCCAAAACUUUUAUUCAGAAUUUAUGUUGUUUAUAUAAUGUCCAAUAUCUGAAAUGGAUAUUCUUAACAAACUUUACAGCAUUCUACUAUAUAAGCCUUCUUCCAAUUUCAACAUUUUCCCUUCAAAUUAUAAAAUAAAACACACACACUACACUUCCACAAUUCUUUACAACAAAAACAUAAAAGGUAAUAUAAAAAAAGGAAAAAAUUAAUAAAAAUAUGGAAAAGUCUUAUAAAAAGAUUUUGCUCAACAAAAUGACUAAUAUAAACAAAAAAUUUAAUAAAAAAAGCCAACAAAAUAGAAAACAAUACUUUAUAGUCAAGUCAAUACAAACUAAACCAAAUACAAAUUUUCCAAAUACAUGCAUAUUUCAAAUUUAAUAUUCUAAUGUAAUUUUUGAAAUCGCAGUUUCAGAAUUACAACAUAAUCGCCGGAUCACUCGAAUCAUUGAAAACUAUAAUCAUGUUGCCCACAACUACUAAGCUUCUUUUCAAAUAAAACAUUUGGCAUUAUUUUGGGUUGUUGAAAACUUCUUUUGUAAUAUCCUAUCAAAUCAAAU